AUGUGGAAGGUGACCGUUGGAGCUAUCGAUACCGAUGCAAACGAAUACCAUCGACUCUACCGACGACUAUUCCAAGAUGCUGGGGUUCCGGUGAAAAAGGAGCUUGCAUCUUUCCUCGUCUCCCCGGAUGCGCUUCCGGCGCUUGGACAACGACUUGAUGUUCGACACUUCAACGUUGGCCAAUACAUCACGGCCACCGGAAAAACGAUCGACUGGGGCUUCCAGGGAGCUAUGCAUCGAUGGGGUUUUCGAGGACAGCCGGAGAAGGGGACGACCAAAUCCCAUCGUCGUGUCGGCUCGAUUGGAUCUGUUGGUGAUGCGCGCGUUUGGCCUGGAAAACGGCUACCCGGUCAUAUGGGAUACGAGUGGAGAAUGGUGCCCGGGAUUCAGAUUGUCCGCAUGAAUCUCGACAAACAAGUGAUCUACGUCAAGGGCAACGUUCCUGGUGAUGUCGGGGAGAAACUGCUGCUCAAGGAUUGCUUGCAAGCGGAAAGGCACCCAAAGGAACUCUUCGUCCCCACCUGGAACUCUACCAUUAUCCCAACCACCGAAGAGGGCGAGCCGAUCAACAACCCGGUUUUCAAAUACAAUGAAGCCUUCAUCCCAACCCUAUUCCGUUUUGACUCGCCGAGCAUCGUCUUCACCGAAGAGCACGGCAAGAAGGGCUCGGCCCGUGACAAGACCAAGGCCAAGAUCGCCAAAGUCAAGAAA